UUUUCCUACAGCGCCUUGGGCACUGCGGGCGUCUGACAAUGCCUAGCAGAGGCCCCCUGGUGCGGCCACCAUCUCCGCCGUCUCCCCGCCCCGGGAGACCUCGCCGCGCCUCAGGGGCGAGCGGCGACCCCCGCCCUCACUGGCUCACUCACCCAGCACCAGUCGGGCUACGUCGGAAGGCAGCAGCAUGGCCCGCGGCAGGAAGGGGAGAGAAGAGAGGGAGACAGCGGGUCACAGCUCUUAGGAGCGCAGCGCGGCGACCCCGCCACCGAGGCGAAGGCGCGGAAACUCCGCCAAGCACAGCUGCGCCCGGCCCCUUCCGCCGGAACCUGCCGCUGCUGCGCAUCCGCUUCCAGGUCCGUUUACGACUACUGCUGAGCGUGGAGGUGAAGGAGGCGUGCGCCGCAGGCGCGGCGGACGUUCUUACCCCAGCCAGCACCUGCCCCUCAGAGUCCAUCAGCAUUUUAGAAGCCAUCAAUGCACAGCCAGCCUUCACGCUUGCAUUUUCCUUUUCAUACGCACCUACCGGUACAAAUGACACUUCCAUUGAACUGAACCAUGAGUCUUGUAUUACAUGAUCUACUCAUUUGUUGUCGUCGUCUUGAAAAUGAAAAGGCUGCGGAGCGAAGGAAGGAAAUUGAAAAUUUCAAGCGACUUCUCCGUGAUUCUGAAACAGUUCUCCAGCUGGAUCGGAAUUCUGAUUCUAAACAAGGAAAGCACCUGAACUGGGAUGCUCUAUUUAGUGUCUUGCAGAAAUACUUCCAGAAAGAAAUUACAAACCUGCACCUAACAAAACCAAAUGCCUCUGCUUCAACCCAAACUACUAGACAGAAGAAGAUGCAAGAAAUUGGAAGUUUGGUCAAAUAUUUCAUCAGACAUGCCAAUAAAAGAGGACCCAGAUUGAAAUGCCAGGAACUUCUGAUUUAUGUCAUGGAAAUUAUAAGAGAUCCAACAAGUUGUGCUGUUUACGGAUCUGACUGUAGUAGUAUUCUCCUAAAAGAUAUCCUCUCAGUAAGGAAAUACUGGUGUGAGAUAUCCCAGCAGCAGUGGUCAGACUUGCUGGUCCUGUAUGGCCAACUAUACCUCAGACCUUCUGGGAAGAUUAAUAGAGUCUUGGUGGCUAGGAUAAUUCACACACUUACAAGGGGGUACUGCUACCAAACUGAUGGGUUAAGUUCUGAUAUGUUCAUCUUCUUUUCAAGAGCAAUGCAGUAUGCAAGGCAGGAGAAGAAUACUGCAGGAUUGGAUCAUAUUGUUGGAGCAAUGAAUACCUACUGCAGUAAGUUUGCAGCCAACUGUCGCAUAAGGAUUUGUAAAUUAGGGGAAGAAAUUUUGCCUACAGUGCUUUAUAUAUGGACUCAGUACAGACCAAAGGACUCCCUGAAGGAAUCAAUAAUUGAGUUGUUUCAUCUCCAAGUUCAUAUUCAUCAUCCAAAGGGUGCAAAAACUCAAGAAAAAGGUGCAUAUGACUCAACAAAAUGGCAAAAUAUCUUACAUAACCUAUAUGAUCUGCUGGUGAAUGAAAUAAAUCUCAUUAGUAGUAGAGGAAAAUAUUCUUCAGGGUCACGUAAUAUUGCUGUAAAGGAAAAUUUGAUUGACUUAAUGGCUGAUAUCUGUCAUCAGGUUUUUACAGAGGAUACCAAAGUUCUGGAAGUUGCCCCAACAUAUGCUAUUUCACAAAAAGAGUCCAGCGAUGAAACGAUGCCAAAGAAGCGGAGGAGGAUUGAACGAGGCUGGGAGGUAGUUCGAGACAACCUGCAAAGAUCCCAGAAGGAUUUUGAUGUGAUACCUUGGUUACAGAUUACAGCUCAAUUAAUAUCGAAAUAUCCCACGAGUCUUCCUAACAGUGAGCUACCUCCUUUACUCAGUGUACUUCACCAGUUACUGCCUCCGCAGCGCCGAGGGGAAAGGACCCCACAUGUGCUGAAGUGUCUUACAGAGGUAGCUUUGUGUCAGAACCAGAAAACUGAUCUGAAAAGCACUCACAAAUUUGAGCUCCAGAGGAUCUGGGCAAAGAUUUGUUCUCUUACCAUACGUAGUGUAAGUUUCCAGCAAAUUGAAGUGGAGAGCUUUGGGCUACUUGGAGCUAUGAUUCAAGGAAACCUUAUUGUAACAGAUAAAGAACUCUGGAAGAUGUUUUCAGGACCUGCAUGCAAACCUUCAAGUUCUGCUGUAUAUUGUUUAUCACUAGUGAUGUCUGCCUAUUCAGUGCCAGAAAAUUUGGACAUAGGAGUGGAACAGAAUAAUUGUGAAAGAAAUCCAAGUUCUGUGUUAAAGGAGGCAAUAAUGAAAUGGGUACUGUCCUGCUGUUUGGAGGAGGAAAUGGAGGAAUGUGCAGAGUUGCCUGCUGUGCUCUGCAGCCAUUUUCCUCAUCUUCUAUUACAAAAAAUACUUGUGAGCCUUACCAUGAAGAACUGUAGAGCUGCCAUGAUUUUCUUCCAAAAUGAUAUUAAAUGUGUUCAACACUUGCAGGGGAAAGAAGAGAACAAUUUUUCUGAAAUUGAAGAGCUGUAUCUGCAGACAACAUUUGAUGAAAUGGAUAUUUUCACUAAUUUUGCCGUCAAUGUUGCCGAUAAAAAUGUGUCUGGUUCAAGGCUUGCCAUCAACCAAAAUCUUAGGGAAAGACUAGAGAACUGUCUUUCAGCAAUGUCAGAAAAGCUUUUAAACAGCUGUGCUCCUAAAUUUAAGGCUGUUGCUGCAGAAGACCUUGUUCGAUGUGCCAGUCUCUUGAUGGGUGUUCUUGCUUGCUAUUGCUACACUGGGCUAUUUAAAGAGGAAGAUGCCUAUAAAUCAGAGUUGUUCCAGAAAGCCAGGUCUCUCAUUCACUAUGCUGGAGAAAGCAUUUCUCAGUCUAAAAACAAACUAAAUGAAGAUGCCCAGAUCAGCUCACUGAGGAAUUUGAUAAUGCAGUGUACAAAAUGUUUAUGCAAUUGUACCAAGAACAGUACCAGUAAGAUGCUGUCUAAUAUAUUCCUGCAUUUGUUUACAUCAAAAUUCAUGAAUGAUCUUGCAGAUAUUUGCAAAAAUCUGAUGACAUAUACUGGAAAACCAAGUGAACUGGGAGAAGUGGAUCUUACAGGGAAUGAUCCUGAAGAGAGCAUAAUGGAAUUAGAUAACCAAGUAUCUGAUGACCUGUUUGAUGAUCAUUCUGUGACUGACAUUAGCGAUACAAAUGAACCUGGUGAGAUGCAAAACAUAACAGGUGCUUUGAGCCCAUUAGCUGAAGAACAGUUGACGAAGCAGGAUUUACUUCUUCUUGAAAUUCUGAGGUUCUUGUGCAUUUGUGUAACUACAGCUCAAAUUCAUACAGUGAGCUUUACAGCCUCUGAUAUACGGAGAAAGCUGUUAAUGCUUACUGAUGGCAGUGUCUUUGACAGUGCUAAGCCAUUGCAUCUGCAUGUGUAUUUGCUCCUUUUGCGAGAGCUCCCUGUUGAAGACUACCACUUGCCUGAGGAUGAUGUUGUUAUGCUCCUUAGGCCUCUUUCCGCUGUGUGUUCUUUGUAUCGUCGAGAUCAAGAAGUUUGUAGAGUAAUACUGAAUAAUUUGCUUCCUAUAGUAGUAGGGUUGGCUCAGUCCAACACAGAUGCUGAAGAGACAGGGAAUGCCCAAGGACAAUUUUUGACAGUUGUUGGAGCCUUUUGGCAUUUGGCGCAAGGAGGAAAAUGCACAGCACCAGUAAGAGUGGCCCUUUUAAACUGCAUGAAAGCCUUGCUUGAGGCUGAUCCUCAUUGCAAGUGGGCAGUCCUUAAUGUGAUAAAUCAGGAUCUACCUGUGAGUGAUGCCUUCCCACAUUUUCUUGCAGACAGUCACCAUCAAGUUCGCAUUCUUGCUGCAAAGUCGAUUACCAGUUUGUUUCAAGAUGUGAAACACAGAGACUCUUCUGGAAUGUCAAAACCUCUUCCCUUGAAGCUCCAGCAAAAGGCUUUUGAGAAUGCAUAUCUCAGAGUUCAGGAAGGAAUGACAAAUCUGGUCAGAGAUGAUGCAAGUCCUGAAGAUCUUUUGGACAAACAGUGUAAUGGAAAAGCAGUUUUGCUGAUGCUUACAACAAUGCUUAUGUGCUGCAGUCCAAUCUGUGAAAAGCAAGCUUUGUUUGCUAUUUGCCAGUCUGUGAAAGAGAAUGGAUUAGAACCUCACCUUGUGAAAAAGGUUUUGAAAAAAGUAUCUGACAUUUUUGGCUAUAAAAGUAUAGAAGACUUCAUGACAUCACAUUUAGACUAUUUGGUGAUGGAGUGGUUGAAAAUAAAUGAUGCGAGAUACAGUCUGUCUACUUUUCCAUAUGUUCUUCUGAACUAUACUAGCCUUGAGGAAUUCUACAGGUCUUGUUAUAAAGUCUUGGUUCCACACCUGGUGAUUAGAAGUCAAUUUGAAGAUGUGAAAUUGCUUGCCAACAAAAUCGAACAAGACUGGAGACAAGUUCUAGCAGAGUGUUUUCCAAAGAUACUGGUGAAUAUCCUCCCAUAUUUUGCCAGUCAAAGCCAUGGAAAGCAUGAAGUAGCAGAGCAGAGAGAGACAGCUUCUAAAGUCUAUGAGAUGCUUAAGGAUGAAAACUGCUUAGGAAAACAGCAAAUUGACAAUUUAUCUCAUAACAACUUACCAGAGAUUGUGGUUGAGUUGUUGAUGACCUUGCAUGAACCACCUGAUACCACAGCAGGAGGGGCUCAUCUAAGUAAAUAUAGAAGGGAACUGGAUCCUGCUCCUAAUCCUCCUCAUUUUCCAUCUUACGUGAUUAAGGCAACCUUGGACUAUAUUAGCAAUUGUCAUAAAAGCAAAUCAAAAGGUCUUGUUGCAGUUCUUUCUAAAAACCCUGAUUCAUUCCAGAAAAUUCUCCUAGCCCUGUGUAAGCACGCAUCAGAUACAAACAACAUUUACAAGAAACACAGAGUCCUUAUAAUUUAUCACUUAUUUGUUAGUCUAUUACUUAAGGAGAUAAAAGAUGGGUUAGGAGGAGCAUGGGCUUUUGUCCUCCGAGAUGUAAUUUACACUCUGAUUCACCACAUCAAUAGCAGACCUGUGGUUAUCAGAGAAAUAUCCAUGCGCAGCUUCUCACUCUGUUGUGAUCUUCUUCAUCAUGUUUGCCACACAGCAGUUACAUGUUGCAAGGAUGCUCUAGAAAGCCACCUUCAUGUUAUUGUAGGAACCCUAAUACCUCUUGCCGUGGACCAGCCUGAGAUUCAGGAACAGGUCCUAAGCUUGUUGAAGUAUCUGGUGAUAGAUAACAAGGACAAUGAAAAUCUGUACCAAGCAAUCAAAUGCCUGGAUCCUUUCCCUGAAUAUCCUGCCUUUAAAGAUUUGCGAGCAGCUCAACAGAAAAUAAAAUACAGCAAGGGACUGUACUCUCUUUUGGAGGAAAUUAAUCACUUUCUCUCAGUUGAUGUUUGUGAUUCACUGCCUUUGACACGACUUGAAGGUCUGUAUUAUUUACGCAAACAACUGGAACAAUAUAAAGAUCAGAUGAAGGAUCUCCUGAAGAAUUUCCAGGAAAACCCAGAAGAUUCUGUAGUAGUGAAGUUGGUGGUGAGCUUACUGCAGCUGUCCAAGAUGGCAGUUAACCACACGGGUGAAAAAGCAGUGUUAGAAGCUGUUGGAAGUUGCUUGGGAGAAAUUGGUCCCAUGGAUUUCUCCACCAUAGCUCUUCAACAUGCAGAAAAUACACUGGAUUCUAAAGCAGUGGACUUACUUCAAGAUAGAAAACUUCAGUGGGUCUUCAUAAUGCUAACUCAAAUAAAUAUUGCUUUAACAGAUAAUUGCAUUGAUGUUAGAGCUGCUGCUGUUUCCUGUGUGAAAAACAUAUUAGCCACCAAGUCUGGGAGUGAAUUUUGGGAAGUUUAUAAAAAUAAAGCUGAUCCCAUGUUAAUCUAUCUACAGCCUUUCAGAGUGUCCAGGAAAAAGUGUUUUGUUUUGCCUUCUAAUAAUACGGAGGCUUCUUCAGAAACUUUGGAUGACACAAACCUGUGGAUUCCUCUGGGAGAAAGUCAUGAGACCUGGAUCAAGCACCUGACUGGUUCAGUACUGAACAGUGGAGGUGUGCAAAAUGAAGUUCUCCAGUUAAUGAAGCCGCUGUGUGAGGUGAAAACAGACUUGUGUCAAACUUUGCUUCCAUACCUGAUUCACGAUAUCCUUCUUCAUGACUCAAAUGAAUCUUGGAGAAAUAUUUUGUCAGUUCAUAUCCAGAAGUUUUUUACAGUCUGUUGCAGAUUUGCCUCAUCCAGUAGAUCUACUACACCUCCAAAUUCUGAUCCAGAGCAAGAAACCCAUAAUUUUAGAAGCUUGGAUAAAGUAUCGCGACGGUCCAUGCUUGCUGUUGUUGAUUACUUGAGAAGACAAAAGAGAUCUGUUUCAGGUACAGUUUUUGAUGACAGCUUCUGGCUAGAUCUGAAUUAUCUUGAGGUUGCUAUAGCAGCACAGUCUUGUGCUGCUCACUUCACAGCUUUGCUCUACGCAGAAAUCUACGCAGACAAGAUAAAUAGAGACAAACAAGAAAGGUCAUCCUUUAAAGCAGCUAAGAGUUUGACAUUUGAAGAAGAAAGUCAAAGAACAACUAUUACUGUUUUGAAUGAAAAAAGUAAAGAAGACACUGGCAUAAGUUUACAGGACCUUCUCAUGGACAUAUAUAGAAGCAUUGGAGAGCCUGACAGUCUAUAUGGCUGUGGUGGUGGAAGAAUGUUACAGCCAUUAGCAAGGAUAAGGACGUAUGAGCAUGAAGCAGUCUGGGAGAAAGCCCUUGUAACAUAUGAUCUUGAGGCAAGCCUCUCUCCAUCUACUCGCCAGGCAGGAAUAAUAGAGGUUUUGCAGAAUUUUGGCCUUUGCCACACUCUUUCCAUGUAUUUAAAAGGACUGGAACAUGAAAACACUGAGUGGUGUGCGGAACUACAGGAAAUGCGCUACCAGGCAGCAUGGAGGAAUAUGCAAUGGGGCCACAUCUCUUCUGUCAAAGAUGAGACAGGAAGACCAGGAUACCAUGAAUCACUGUAUGAUGCUCUUCAGUCUUUAAGAGAUAAGGAAUUCUCAGCGUUCUAUGACAGCCUUAAAGGUGCCAGAGUGAAUGAAGUAGAAGAGUUGUGCAAAGGCAGUCUUGAGUCUGUUUACUCAUUAUAUCCAACACUUUGCAGACUACAGCUAAUCGGAGAGUUGGAAAACAUAGGUUUACUGUUCUCCAGCAAUUCCAGAUCCAUUACUACACAGCAACUGAAUGACAUUUAUUUGAAGUGGCAGAGUCAGUCCCAGCUUCUCAAGGACAGUGACUUCCGUUUCCAGGAGCCUAUCAUGGCUCUUCGCACUGUAGUUCUGGAGAUCUUACUUGAAAAGGAGAAUGAAAACACCAAAAGAGAAUGUAUUAAAGACAUCCUGACCAAACAUCUAGUGGAGCUCUCUAGAUUAGCAAGAACUGCUAAAAAUACACAGCUUCCAGAAAGAGCUAUGUUUCAGAUCAAGCAAUACAAUCCAGAAGGAUAUGGAGUUUCUGAAUGGCAGCUGGAAGAAGCUCAGGUUUUCUGGGCUAAGAAAGAAGAGAGUCUUGCACUGAACAUUCUUAAAAAGAUGAUUAAAAAAUUAGAUACAGAUUGGUUUAAGGUUGAGAAUGAUCCUCAUUUGAAAUUGGUGUACACAGAAUGCCUGAGGCUCUGCGGAACCUGGUUAGCAGAAACAUGCUUGGAAAACCCUACAGUCAUCAUGCAGAAAUACUUAGAAAAGGCUGUGGAAAUUGCUGCAAGCCACAGUGGAGACAGCAGUGAUGAGCUGAAGAAAGGAAAGAUGAAGGCUUUCUUGUCUCUGGCUCGUUUCUCAGACAGUCAGUACCAGCGAAUUGAGAAUUACAUGAAAUCCUCAGAGUUUGAAAACAAGCAGGCGUUACUGAAGAAGGCCAAGGAGGAGGUUGGCCUCCUCAGGGAGUGUAGAGUUCAGACAAAUAGAUACACAGUGAAGGUUCAGCGAGAGCUUGAACUGGACGAGUGUGCUAUACAUGCCCUGACUGAGGACCGUAAACGUUUCUUGUGUAAGGCAGUGGAGAACUACAUCAGCUGUUUACUAAGUGGAGAAGAACAUGAUAUGUGGAUCUUCCGACUCUGUUCCCUUUGGCUUGAAAAUUCUGGAGUUGAUAGAGUCAAUGAAAUGAUGAAGAAAAAUGCAGAGAACAUCCCUUCAUACAAGUUUUUGCCUCUGAUGUACCAGCUGGCUGCUCGGAUGGGAACCAAGAUGAUGGGUGGUUUAGGAUUUCAUGGAGUUCUGAACAAUCUAAUGGCUAGAAUUUCACUGGAUCAUCCACAUCAUACCUUGUUUGUAAUACUAGCUUUGGCAAACGCAAACAAAGAUGAACUCCUCGCAAAACCAGAUGCAAUAAGAAGAAAUAAACUAAUUAAAAAUGCACCAAAGGAAAUCUCCCAGCUUGAUGUGGAUAGAAUGGAGGCUGCUCGCAAUAUAAUCAAUACAGUAAGGAAAAGGAGAGCUCGAAUGGUUAGAGAUGUUGAAGCACUGUGUGAUGCUUACAUCACAUUAGCAAAUGUAGAUGCUACUCCAUGGAAAUCUCAAAGAAAAGGAAUAAGUAUACCAGCUGACCAGCCAAUUAUUAAACUGAAGAACUUGGAAGAUGUUGUUGUCCCUACCAUGGAAAUCAAGGUGGAUCCCACAGGGCAAUAUGAAAAUUUGGUGACAAUAAGGUCUUUUAAGCCAGAAUUUCGCUUAGCAGGAGGCCUGAAUCUGCCUAAAAUAAUAGAUUGUGUAGGAUCAGAUGGCAAAGAGAGGAGGCAGCUGGUUAAGGGGCGUGAUGACCUGAGGCAGGAUGCUGUUAUGCAGCAAGUUUUCCAGAUGUGUAAUACCUUGCUCCAGCAAAACACUGAAACACGAAAGAGAAAAUUAACAAUCCGAACAUACAAGGUGGUUCCCCUUUCUCAGAGAAGUGGUGUUCUUGAGUGGUGCUCAGGAACAACUCCUAUUGGGGAGUUUCUUGUGAAUGUUGAAGAGGGAGCUCACAAGAGAUACCGGCCAAAAGAUUACUCCAGUUAUCAAUGUCAGAAAAUAAUGAUGGAUGCACAAAAGAAACAUUCUGAUGUGAAAUACAACAUCUUCAUGGAAGUCUGCAAGAAUUUUCAGCCUGUGUUCCGCUAUUUCUGCAUGGAAAAGUUCCUGGAUCCAGCUUUGUGGUUUGAAAAACGACUGGCAUACACUCGUAGUGUGGCUACAUCUUCUAUAGUUGGCUACAUUCUUGGACUUGGAGACAGACACGUUCAGAAUAUCUUGAUAGAUGAACAAACAGCAGAACUCGUGCAUAUAGAUCUGGGGGUUGCUUUUGAGCAAGGUAAAAUACUUCCUACACCAGAGACUGUUCCAUUUAGAUUAACCCGGGACAUUGUGGAUGGAAUGGGGAUUAGUGGCGUGGAAGGAGUCUUCCGAAGAUGCUGUGAGAAAACAAUGGCUGUUAUGAGAAAUUCUCAAGAAGCUUUGCUGACUAUCGUAGAGGUGCUGCUGUAUGAUCCUCUUUUUGACUGGACCAUGAAUCCCUUGAAAGCUUUGUAUUUGCAACAGAGACCAGAGGAUGAGGCUGACAUGACCUCUACACUCAGCACUGAUCCACAGGAAUGUAAAAGAAAAGCCAGCAGUGAUGACCAGAGCUUUAACAAAGUGGCCGAGCGUGUUCUGAUGAGACUUCAGGAGAAGCUGAAAGGUGUUGAGGAGGGAACAGUGCUCAGUGUGGGAGGGCAAGUGAACCUCCUCAUACAACAGGCCAUGGACCCUAAAAAUCUGAGCCAGCUCUUUCCUGGAUGGAAACCUUGGGUGUGACAUGGGAAGAUCCAGCACAUUUUUACAAGAAACCUGUUUUUUAUGCAGCAAGUGUCUUAACAUUUCAGAUUGGUAUUUCACAAGGCUCAUACCUAUUAGUAUUUAGUGGGAGGUUGGGUUUUAUUCAGUAGCCUGUUACUGAGAAAACAUUUCUUGUCCACUUAAUUUCACCAUAGACUAUGAAGCAUCGUCCAGGGCUUUGUCACACUGCAUGCUUUAGAAUUUUAAAGCCUAGGAUUCAUCACUUUUGUUUAUUUGUUAAAUAGCUGGAGUCUUGUAUAUAAAAAUACUAUAUGCAGAAUGAUCCAAAACCUGAAGUCUUGAAUUAACACUCAAGUGCAUUUCAAAAAGGGGAUUAUACUUGAAUGAUAUUGCUGCAGUGCAUACAAAGUAAAAACAGAGAGCUGAAUCCUUAAUGAAGGAUGGGGUUCUUGGGGUUGGGGUUUUUUACCUUAAGUAAAUGGAUACUUCUUUAUAUAGAUACAGACUUUUGAAUCUAGUGUAAUACAGCUGCCUUUUUUUUUUCUGUUGUAAAUAAAAUUAUGUUGGUAUUUUAUAAUAUUAAUGGUAUAACACAAUAAAAAGUGUUAAAUGAAAUCCAAGAUUAAUUAUAGAGUUCAUUCGGAUUUAGAGCUAAUGCUUCAAGCAGGCCCUGUGGUUAGGCUUCAUCUUCAGUGAUACUGACUACAACAAAUACCCCCUUACACCUCCCUUUCCUGAGCAAUGCUGCCAUGUUCAGUCAACUGCCAGAAAUAAAGGAAGCGGCCUUGGACAGAGAGAUAGAAUAGUAAUUUACAGGUGGACUCCAAAAGGUGUUCAAUUAAAUGUUUUCUAAACAGAUUAAAGAUCAAAGUUACAACUUCACAAUGGAGUAGAGCAAAAUAUAAACAAAUAUUUGCAAAAUUACCAUUUAGGAUUUGUGUGCAUUGGAAAUGUGUCUUCCUCUGAGAAAAGGUGAACUCAUUGGUGUUCCAUCUGGUCUUGAUAUGAAGUCAGCAUCUCUUACAUGAAAGGGAGGAAGAGUUUCUGAAGUUAGAGUGUGAAAUCUGGACAAUUUUAAUGGAUCAUUCUGUGACUUAGGAAACUGGGAGUCUGAACAAAAGAGUAGAAAUGCAAAUAAAUAUAUAAUUCAGAUAUUUAAAAUAACCCUCUGUUUACCUAUACCUGCUAUCAAUUCUUAUAAUACUAAGUUAAAACUAAACAGAGAAAAAAAUCAAAACUAGAGAACUAGAGAUUGUUCUAUUUGUGUUACAGAAAGAGAGAUAGAAGAGAAUUAUCUUUCUCUAAGAAAGAUAAUGCUGCACAUCUACCAUGCCAGUUUCUGCAAUUAUGAGAUGUAAUCUGAUAGCAGCACUCUGGGUGUUCUUGCUUGGUAAUUUCUACUUAAUAGUGCUCUUUUGUUACCAAAACCAAAAGAUUAUUUCUGAGAAAAUCAGUGUGUUGGCCCCUUUUUUUCCAGAGAGGAAUGGAAUAUCUAUUAGGUAGGUGUAAUUGAGAACAGAAUCUGGCUUUUCCUCUUAUUUUGUUUGUGUUGUUUUGCCUCACUAUCUUAAUCAGUUGUCAGUGUAUGUUAACACACACAUUGCAUAAUGCGUACUCAGAUCAUAACAGAGUAAAAACCCUGUGGCUAUGUCAAAACACAGAAACUGAGGCCUAACUGAUGUCCUAUCAACACACAGCAGUCCUAGUGGUGUAAUUAAAACCAGUUUUAAAUCAAUUUAUUUAGGUCUGUGAAAACCACUGUAGGUCUAAACCUCCAUGUGACACACAUCUGUUUAUAAUUAUCUCUUAUCUGUUUAUCUUAAUUCUGCCACUUACAAGGUCUCAUACAGCAAUGAUGAUACAUGAGGUAUUGUGUUAAGGCAGACGUUUUGCAUGAAAAGGCAAAUACAGACCUUUGAGGCUGUGGUUCUCAGGAUACAUGGUGAUGACUUACAGCACAAGUGUUCUGUCCCCGUUCAGCUCCAGAUUGCCAGUUUUGCUUUAUGUGAAACAGGGAAGUACACUUGUGGGCGUCCUGUUUGCACUAUUCCACUCUCCUUUUUAAAUGCUUUCCUUCUCACUCCUACACUAAUUUUUUUAAGUCUUGGUUGCAAUAACUUUGAAGUAUUAUUUUCUCUCUUUAUUUUAAUUCAAAUUCCAAACACCCUUAACUGAACACAGCUUUCAGCUUGUCACUCUGGUACUUCACUCAGCAUUUCCCGUUUUCAUUAUGGCAUCUGCAUGACAGAUGUAGCUGAAGGCUCUUUUGAUAGUUUGCUGCUGUGAAAGAGCUACUCAUUGCUUGAUUACAAGCAUGCUUGAAGUGAAAUAAUGCUUUAAGAAAUUGCAUUAUCUGUACAAUCAUUUAAAUAAACAAAUCUGAUGGCAUAAAAAGAAAAAAAAAUCAUCUCUAUCCUAUUGCAUUGUCCAGUUACUCUGUGUUAGAAAUAUGUCUCAGUAAGCAAGUGAUCCAAUAUGCUGAGGAAUUCAGGAGGUUUCUUAGCUGAGGAGGAGGCUGUUAACAACAUGUUCUGUAUACAAAGUAAAUUACUUUAAAUGCUGGCUGCCACAAUGCAUUUAACUUACCCUGUUUAUGAAUAAAUCAUUAUUUUGA